AUGCUGCUGCCCAAGAUGGCCCGAUUCGCAGGCGGCAUCAGAGGUCGCGCGACCCAAGCAGCGACUCUGAGGCGACACGGCCUGCCUUUCAUUCGGACUUUUGCCUCAACUCCUGGGAAGGAGGAGAAGAAAGUCCCCCCUGAGACGCCCGAGCAAGUCACCCUGAAGCUCAAAGAGCAGAAAGACUAUUGGAACAACCAGGAGCGCUCCACAGUGAAAACCAUUCUCUCUCAGUGGGGAGGUCUCCUCUUCUUCGGCUUCUGGUGCCUAGUGGUCUGGAUCGGCAAGAAGUGGAGCGAGUGGGAGAUGCAUCAGAUCGAGAGGGAGCUCGAGGAACCUCGCAAACGUCGCCGGAGACAGACAUCUGAGGAGUAG